UAGGCCACAGGAGACAUGGCAGCUACACAGAACAUAUCGGCAUUUGUGCGAGGGCAUCGGAGGACAGGAAGUGAUAUCCAGUUCAUCGAGAGAACCCGCCUGGAUGCCCAGAAAGCCAUGAACAAGGAGCUGCAGAAGCUGAUCCAGACAGCGCCACCUGGGUUACAGGAAAGAAUUCGGGCGGAGUUUGACGAGUUUGAGAAGUUGUUUGGGCGAUACUUACAGGAGGCGGGACACGCCAUCCAAUGGGAGAAGAUCAGACUGGCUUCACAAGAAGCUGUGAAAAUGUACAAUGAAUUGAAAGUUCCGGAGACCAGCUCCAUUAAAGACCAACUGAAUAAACUGGUGGUCAUCAAGCUGAACGGAGGGCUGGGAACCAGUAUGGGAUGUAAAGGACCCAAAAGCAUCAUCAGUGUCAGAAACGAUCUCACAUUUCUAGAUCUGACCGUUCAACAGAUAGAGAUAGAGGUAAGAGACAUUAUGUCACAGUGUCAGAAACAAUCUCACAUUUCUAGAUCUGACUGUUCAACAAAUAGAGAUCUGACUGUUCAACAAAUAGAGGUAAGAGACAUUAUGUCACAGUGUCAGAAACAAUCUCACAUUUCUAGAUCUGACUGUUCAACAGAUAGAG